AUGAAAAUCAUCCUUUUCUUCUUGUACCUCUCUCUCUCAUCUUCCAAUGUGAUGCAAGUUUUUUGUACAGGCACAAGCAAGGCUAAGGAGAACCCAUUUGCGGCCAAAGCCUCCUUGAUUCGUUACUGGAACAAGCACAUUUCCAACAAUCUUCCAAAGCCACCAUUUCUUAUCUCCAAAGCUUCUCCACUAAACGCCAUUGACUUGGCCAAGCUCACCAAACUCGCCAACAGUAACUCUUUACCUUCCCACAUUGAAUCUUUUUGUUCCUUAGCCAAUCUUUUCUGUUUAUUCGAGGACUCCUCGAAACCGGACGUUGUUGGCAAGCGUAACCAGGAUGCAAGCUUCGCGGUGUAUUCCAGUAAAAGCUUUUCAGAUUAUGGCACGUCAAGACUCGGAGGGGUCGACUCGUUCAAGAACUACUCCGAUGGGCUAAAUACUCCCAAUGAAUCGUUCAAGAAAUACAACAGUGAAUCAAAUGGCCAUAGAGAAGAGUUCUCAAGCUAUGCCAAGGACGCCAAUGUUGCUAGUGAUAACUUCACCAACUAUGGCUCCAGCGCCACAGGAGGCUCCGGUGAGUUCAAUAACUAUCAGGAACGAGUUAACGUGCCAAACCUCCAAUUCACCAGCUAUGACUCGGAUGGUAACAACCAUAAACUCUCUUUCUCAAGCUAUAGCCCUGAGACAAACUCAGGCUCCGAAGCAUUCAUUAGUUAUGGGAAGAACGGCAAUGCAGUUCCAGUAGAGUUUACUAGCUAUAGUGAUAAUGCAAACAUUAUUGGGUCAAGUUUUACAGGGUAUGGGGAAUUAGGGAGCGCACCAAACGACUCGUUUAAAGCCUAUGGUGACUCAGGUAACAACCCCCAUAACAACUUUAAAAGCUAUAGUUUAGCUGCUAACUCGGGGAUUAAUAGUUUUACUAGCUAUCGAGAUUCUGCCAAUGUUGGAGAUGAUUCUUUUCAAUCUUAUGCAAGGAAUUCAAAUUCCGGGAAAGUGAAUUUUGCAAAUUAUGGGAAAACAUUUAAUGUUGGAAAUGACACGUUCAAAGAAUAUGGUAAAGGUUCCACUGGUUCCACUACAAUAGGGUUCAAAAUUUAUGGUUUGGACCGUUCAUUCAAGGAUUAUGCCAAAAAGGGUGUCACAUUUGCUGGAUACUCAAAUUCAAGCUCUAAAGAAACAGCUUCUUCCCUUAUUAGUGGCAUUUCUGUGAAUAUAUGGGUUGAACCAGGUAAAUUCUUUAGGGAGUCCAUUUUGAAGCAAGGGAAUGUGAUGGUGAUGCCCGACAUUGAGGAUAAAAUGCCCGAAAGGUCAUUUUUGCCCCGGCGGAUUUUGUCUAAAUUACCAUUUUCAACCUCCCACAUAUCUGAAAUUAGGGAAAUUUUUGGAGCACCGAUAAAUUCAACCAUGGAACGCGUGCUUGUCAACGCACUGACAGAAUGCGAGAGGCCCGCGAGUCGAGGUGAGACAAAGCGGUGCGUUGGCUCUGUUGAAGACAUGAUUGACUUCGCAACAUUGGUCUUAGGCCAUAAUGUUACGGUCAGAACAACGCUAAAUGUGAAGGGAUCAAAGCAAGAGAUCAGGAUAGGAGAAGUCAAAGGAAUCAACGGUGGGAAGGUGACAAAAUUAGUAUCAUGCCAUCAGAGUUUGUACCCUUACCUACUCUAUUAUUGUCACUCAGUGCCCAAGGUCAGGGCUUACGAAGCUGAAAUUCUUGAGGUUGAAAGCCAAUCCAAGAUUAAUCAUGGUGUUGCCGUUUGUCAUCUUGACACGUCAGCUUGGAGUCCGAGUCAUGGAGCCUUUGUGGCACUAGGAUCCAGCCCUGGACGAAUUGAAGUGUGCCAUUGGAUCUUUGAGAAUGACAUGACUUGGACAAUUGUCGAUUGAAGACUAAUUCUAAUUGCUUAGGAGUUUUUUUUUUUUUUAAGUUAAUUUUUGUCAUAAUUAAUUAUUAUUACUUUGAAAG